UCAAUUUACCAAACCGUGAAAGAACCCUUUAAAAUAUAUGCAAAUCUUGUUGAUUUUUACAAUAAAUGAUCUCAAUAGUAAUGCUUUAUUUAUGUUCCAUGUUCAAUAUUGAUGAUGAGAUAUGAUUCAAACAAUUUACAUGGUUAAUAAGAUGCCCAUAUCUUUUAGAUCUUUUUAGGAUUUUCAACAGAUAAUUCACACAAGAACACCAUGCAUAAAGUGUAGAUACAAGAUAACAUAUAGAAAACAAUUAAUAACAAAAAAUGAAUAUAAUUUAUAACUGGAAAUGUAACUUGGUCAUUGUAAACAACACAGUUCGUGUUUCGACAGUUUAAAUAGCGUGUUAGAUGCCCCAUGAGUGGUUUCGAUCACGUGAUCCGUUAUGGCUACAACUGAUCCGUUAAUGCAUGAAUUCUGCAGCAUAAAAAGGUUCUGGAUGUCACAAAGAUUUAAUCCUGUUUUAUAAACCUAUCAGAAUGGAUUUUACAGAAUGUCUUCAGCCUGAAUUAGUGGACAUGAUCCUGUCUUACUUUACUGACAAGGAACUCUGCACAUUUUCAGAAUGUUGUGUUCAGUGGAGGGAAAUAUCAAACAAGGAUCAUUUAUGGUAUAGAUACAAAAAUAAUGUUGACAUGUGUCAUGGUGUGCUUUUUUGGAUGUCAAGAAAUGAUAAGUGUAGAUGUACACUUUUCAUGCAGCAUUUCAAUAUACAUAGGUUGCAUCACUGCAUGGCAAAGGGCUGGUUAAGAUAUGGACUUGAUGGGGACAUCCUAACUGAGAAUCAUCUUAACAUCAGUAUGACAAAUGUGGCAGGCAACUCUCCUGUCUUCAAAUUAUUUGUUUCUGAAGGCAGUCGACUGUCCCCACUCUGUAAAUGGAAGAAUAUCUACAUUCGAGUUCACCAUCUUCACAAGAAUUGGAGAAAGGGACGAUAUUCAGUAUCACCAUUGUUGAAAGGGCACACAGAGAAAGUAACAGCUAUGGCUUGCAAUGGCAAAUUUGUGGUGUCUGGAAGUGAGGACAAGACAUUGAGACUUUGGGACAUCUCCCAGGCAACCUGUGUUCGUAAGCUAGAUGGACAUAUGGAUACCAUUACGAAAAUUAUUUGGAAGGGUAACACCAUAAUCACUGGCUGCGAAGACAGCUCUUUACGAGUGAUAGACUCCAAUGAUUUCCGGAUUCUCUUCUCCCUGCAAGGUCACAGCGGCAGUGUGGAUCACAUGACCCUGGUUGGCAAGGUGCUGGUAACUGCGGCAACUGACAGGACCAUUCGGCUGUGGUACCUGCCUGACAGGAAGCUCAUACACAUCAUGAGAGGUCAUGAGCAGGAGGUGGAGUGUAUGUGUAGCUUUGGCAACCAUGUGGUUACUGGUUCCUGGGACCACACCCUGGCCCUCUGGGACGUGGAGCAUGCAGAACUGGUCCAUAUGUACGAGGGUCACACUGAGGUUGUGACAUGCUGCUGGUACAAUGGUGAGAGGAUCGUGAGCGGUAGUGCUGAUGGGGACCUAAGGAUUUGGCGGCCCUCCCCUCCUAAGUGUCUACACGUUCUACAGGGGCAUGAGGCGGACGUUUACUGCUUGGCUGCCAAUACUUCGGUGAUAGCGUCAGGCUCCUCAGACAGCACUGUACGUGUGUGGGGUUUUGAUGGUAAGUGUCGUUACACAUUGAACGGCCAUCUUGGUGUGGUGCGCUGUCUGCACCUCUGUGAGGAACGUCUAGUCAGCGGGGGAGACCAGAAGAAAGUCAUCGUCUGGGACUACAAGACUGGGGAACAAAUGAACAUUGUACACAGACAUCCAUCUUUAUUGCACUUGAUGUGGGCAAACGAGACAAAAUUGAUCACAGCUUCUCCUGAACGUCCUGGAACUAUAGCAGUCCUCAGCUACUGGUAGCGUGGAACUUCUUGGAACCAUAGCUGUUCUAAGCUACUGGUAGCAUGGAAUGUCCUGGAACUAUAGCUGUCCUCAGCUACUGGUAGCAUGGAACGUCUUGGGAGUAUAGCUGUUCUCAGCUACUGGUAGCAUUGAAUGUCCUGGAACUAUAGCUGUUUUCAGCUACAUGGUAGCAUGUACAAUUCUUGAACUUAAGCUGUGGUCAGCUACUUGCAGCAUAAAACAUUCUGGAGCUAUAGCUGUUGUCAGCUAUUGGUAGCAUGGAACAUCCUGGAGCUAUAGUCAUUGUCAACUGUUGGUAGCAUAGAACAUCCUGGAGCUAUAGUCAUUGUCAGCUGUUGGUAGCAUGAAACAUUCUGGAGCUAUAGCCAUUGUCAGCUAUUGGUAGCAUGGAACAUUCUGGUGCUAUAGCCAUUGUCAGCUGUUGGUAGCAUGGAACAUCCUGGAACUAUAGCUGUUGUCAGCUACUGGUAGCAUGGAACAUUCUUGAACUUAAGCUGUUGACAGCUACUUGUCACAUGGAACAUUCUGGAGUUAUAGCCAUUGUCAGCUGUUGGUAGCAUUGAACAUCCUGGAACUAUAGCUGUUGUCAGCUACUGGUAGCAUGGAACAUUCUUGAACUUAAGCUGUUGUCAGCUACUUGCAGCAUGGAACAUUCUGGAGCUAUAGCCAGUGUCAGCUAUUGGUAGCAUGGAACAUUCUGGAGCUAUAGCCAUUUUCAGCUAUUGGUAGCAUGGAAUAUUCUGGAGCUAAAGAUACCGGUAUUUUUGUCCUGAAACUGCAGGGAAACUGUCUGUUUAACUAUGAAAAUGUUGUCAAAAUUGUGAUUAAUGUUGUACUGUUACGGCAAGUGUCUUCAAUGUAUUCAGCAAAAGAAUUUACUAAGCAGUCUCAUUUGUAUUCUCUUUAGUUUGAUAACAUGUUGAGAUAAAGUUAAUAUUUAAAUUUAAUAGGUUAAUUAAUUUGGUUGAAAGACCUAGAAAUGUAAAUCAAAAAGUAAAAGAACGUUUAAAUUGUAAACAUACAUGUAUGAUGCUAGUAAACAUUUCAGAAUAGAAAUUAGUAACAAUAAAAUAUAAUUAUGUUCCAACAAUCGUUACAUAUCAAAAGUAAAAAAUCUUCCUGCGGUUACCUUCCAUACGGUAUUGUAUACUGUUUUAAGUCUGUGAUAAAUCCUAUGUUUUAACACAAGCUUUAUGCACAUACCGUACAUUUUUGCAGAUAUAAUCAUCAUUUUUUGUUGGAAUUUUUGUAUCAUGUCUAUAACUCCAUAUUCAAGUGCCUAUGUAAGUGUCAAAGAUAUGUAUUAUUAACUUGAUAUUGUGCAAACAAGUCUACCAAUCAACGUGGUGCAUUUAGUUUUGUGCCAAAUAUGAUCAGGUGUCAUAAUCAGUAUUCACCACAAUCAUAAGAUACCGUUAGAUUUUUAACCUUAAUGUUAUAUUUUAAUACUUUUGUAAAAAUGAACCUUUUGUUUGUUUAUUUUUGUUUACCUGAAUUCUUAUUAUACCACCAUUUAGAUGUCUGAUAGGGGUCAAAAAGAGUUUCCCUUACUCCAUCUGUCCCUCUAUCUGACAGUAGGGCUCGGGUAAUACUAAAAUGUUCCCCGGGUAAGUAAACACAAACGUAUCCGGAAAUUUCUAACACUAAAUUGGUUGUUUUCUGCUAAUUUUUCAAAUUAAUAAUGUCCAUAUUUUUGUCAAUAUUCUGUAAAAUGGCUUCUAUAUUAUAAAACUCCUACUCAAAAAGCAUGUUAAGGCAGGUAUUGUUCAAAGAGAUUUUGUUUUCAUAUUCAGUAGUGUGUUUCAUGACUUUGGUUUUUGGGUGGGAAUGAAACUCGGGUACAGUAUAAAUUAGCCGGGUACGUGUUAGUAUAUUUUCAGUACCCAGGGUACAUUUAGGUAUACUUAAGAGUACCUGAGGUACAUUUAAGUAGAAACCAAGCCGCCAUUGACCAAUCAAGUGACAGUAGGAUGUUUCUAUAACUGAUGACACAAAAGGUAUUGCUGGUAACUUGAUGAAACUUAUUAAAAUCCUUGAACUAUCAUAUUAAACUGCAUGUGAAUGCUUUAAAUAGUCACCGUGGGGUAGUAGAUAUUGUGUCCCCCUAGCAACCUGGAGGUCAUGGGUUCGAUCCCCACUGUGGGGGCAUUCUUUAGAUCUUCCCCCAUACACACCAAGGACUGGUUCUAGUCCCAGGAAAUGGACUGGAGAGCGUUUCAAAUAAGCAGUAGGCUUUCUAUGCAAUCGAGCUAAAAUAAAUAGGUAUAAUUUGCAAACAUAUUAGCUAGCAUGUAAACUUAUGCACCUCUGUAUUUUAUUGCAGACAUAGCAAUACAAUGUAGUUAUCGCUUUUUUAAAGAAAAUUAUUACAUGAUUUAGCUUGUGUCGUGUGUAACUCAGGAAGUUUUUGCUACUAAACAUGUUAGCCAUCAUGUGAACUAAUGUCCACCUUCAUACAUUGGUUCCUGAUUUUUAAACAUUACCAGAAUUAUGGCCCACUUUAGUAAAUAAUUACUUCUUUACCUUGUGUCUGUUGUAACUCCACACGAUUUGCUACAAAAAAAAUUAUCCAGCAUGUGAGCUUGUGUGCCCAUUGGUUUCUUUUCUUUUUAACAUAACCACAGUAUAUAAUAGCCCUCGUUUGUUAAAAAAAAUACAUUCUUUACCUUGGCACUUGUGUCUUGUUGAAACAGGAAAGUACUGCUGCUACACUGAUAAAGCUACAAAAUAUAAGCCAGCAUGGAAAUUUGCGCCCCUUUGUAAUUUGAUUCACUUUUCCUUAGCUCACCUGAGCACAAAGUGCUCAUGGGUGAGCUUUAUGGAUACCAUGUUGUCAGUCCUCAGUGAGUGAGUGCGUGCGUAAACUUUUGUUAUCCUACGACUUCUCCCUCAGAAUGACUGUACAGAUUUUAAUAAAUCUUCACAGCAAUGAUCAUUGGGUGACUCUGAAAUGUGUUGGAACCAUUAGUUUAGUUUAAACCUUGUUAUUUUAGCUCGAUUGCAUCAUUAAAAGCCUCAGGCUUUAUUGAAACGCUCUCAAGUCCAUUCUGGUCCAUUUCAUAUGUAAGUAAUUGGAGCGAAAAAUAUACUUUAAAAAUAAAACCUUUAACAAAUGUUCAUCUUCUCUGAAACUACUUAGUUUAGGGGUAUGAUAUCUUGUGGUUAAAAUCGUCGAUGGAUCUCUACUUUGACCAUAAAGCAGUUGCUUAUUUAAGAAAUAAUCGACGGGUAACCGUUGGUUAUUGCGGUAAUAACCAACGGUAUGGAGUUCAGAUGCGUAGGAAUUAAACCAAGAGGGUGUAGCCCGAGUAGUUUGAUAACAAGCAUCGGAACGACAUACCGUUGGUUAUUACCGCAAUAACCAACGGUUACCCGUCAAUUAUUUCGAUUCUAACACGAUUUCAUUAAUAAGUUACCUGCGAUUUAAAGGUUAUAAAUGAGAAUUAUAUUAACCGAACGUUCUCCACUUUUCCGCGAAAACACGACGUCACCACAACAAUGAAAAUUAAAUGACGUCGUCUUCAUUCAUAAACAGUGCACUGACAAUCAAAAGUGACGUCAUACUAAAAACCGUUGGUUUAUCGGGGUAAUAACCCACGGUAGAUUUCCUUCUUUGUAUAUAGAAAACAAGUCAAGUGCCGUGGUAGAAUAUAUAGUAUUUUUAGACAAAAGUGGAAUGUAGGGGCAUUUGUGUUGUACAGACACAUCUAGAUCUAUAUACUUCCAUAAGUGUAACCGCAUAUGUGUUAUAACCAGGAAUAUUAUGUUAUUAUAUUCUUCUAUAUGAAUCAAACAUUGUUUUUGUUAGAAUGCAUGCUACAUGAGAAUGUUUUGUCAUGUAGCCCUGUCUGUGCUGCAUGCCAAGACUCUUAUAAAUUAUAUUAUACCUUAUAAAUUUUCUGUUUGAAAUAAUUUUUAGCUCGGCUGUUUUCAGACAAAACCCGAGGUAUUGUCAUAGCCAGGCCGUCAUGUCUUUCCACCGUCCGCUUUGCUAAAACCUUAACAUUGGCUCUAAAAUCAAAGUGCUUCCAGACCUACAACUUUGAAACUUCAUAUAUACAUGCACCUUGAUGAGUUCUACACGCCACAUCCAUUUUUGGGUCACUAGGUCAAAGGUCAAGGUCACUGUGACCUCUUAGAAAAAAAUAAAAAAUUCUGACAAACGUUCAUUUUUUCAAAAUUGCACCCACAGCCGAGCGUUGUCUUCCGUUAUGCGGUGCUCUUGUUAAAGAUUUAUUAACUCUAAAAUGUCUAUGGUUGUUGAAAUCAAGUCAGUUUGUUAAUACGUUUGUCAUAUAUAGGCAUACAUUUGCUAACUACAAAAUUCAGAUGUAACUUAAAAUUGGCUGUAUAAAAAUUGGACUUGUGAUCUUUGAUACAGCAGUCCUUGGGUCUUUGGAACAAAUAAUAAUUUCACUAUGUAAAAUUUCCUGCUUGAUUUGCAUUAAGACAUAGUUAAUGAAUAGUGCAUUUUACAAAAAUUGCUGUAUUCAUUGUUUGUAUCUGUUUUUGGCUGUGUUUAUAGUAAAUGUAUAAAAGUAUGUUUGAUUACAAACUGUAACAUUAAAGUGCAUAACAUCCUAUA